AUGAAGUUUCUACCGAUAAUACUUAUUAUAUCCUUUACGCUCGUAGCUGCCGAUAAAGAAAGAAAGGAGAGUACAGAAUUAUCACGAGCUUUAGAUGACCGGCCGCUAUUAUUUGCAACUUUAGGAGGUGGUAUGGUGGCCGUGGAACCCGUUUCAGGAAAUAUAAUUUGGAAACUGAAAGAUGAACCGGUGGUGAAAGUGCCCAAUCAGCAUGCCAACCUCAUGCCCCAGUUCCUGCCGGACCCUCGGCACGGUACCCUGUACAUGUACGGGCCGAGGGGGGACAAACAGAUGCUCAAGAAGCUGCCCUUCACGAUACCGGAGCUGGUCGCCAACGCGCCCUGCCGGUCCACUGACGGCAUAUUGUACACUGGAAAGAAGAGCGACACAUGGUUCAUGCUGGAUCCACUGACAGGCUCCAGAGAGCACAUAUCUGGCUUCGAUAGAUCGAAAAUCUUCGACGAGGGAACUUGCGAGCCGGACAAGAGGCGCGCAGUAUACGUCGCACGCACGGAGUACAACAUACUGAUGCACGACUCGAAGAACGAGAACCAGAAGUGGAACGUCACGUUCUUCGACUACACGUCGCACGCGAUGGGCAAGGAGAUGCUGAACGAUUACGGCAUAAUCCACUUCACGUCUACUUCGAACGGCCGUAUUAUGUCGUUCGAUCGGAAGACCGGUGACUUGGUGUGGUCUCACAACUUGGAGACUCCGGUGGUGGCUGCCUACUUGCUAGACAGAGAGGGACUUAUCUCUGUCCCUUUCAAUUCCAUCGGCGACGACACUCUCGACCACAUAAUGGAGGACGCCACUACAUUGAGGAACGGCCAGGGAAUCAAGAACUCCAAUAUUGAACUUUACCCGACCCUGUACAUAGGGGAGCACAACCACGGCCUCUACGCCCUAUCCUCCCUCGUGGACAAGAACACCGUCACGAUAUCCACCAGCCAUAACCGUCCCCUCCUCCUCGAGGGGCCGGUCGACGAGCGCGCGGACACCCAAGCGCCCAAGUACGAGCCGCUCGCCCACGUGCACUACGACCUGGGCGAUCUGAACCUGCGCGCGCCGCCGUACCUCCUCCUCGGCCACCACAAGGUGCCGGAGCUCACGAGCUCGUGGAUGCCGCAGCCGCCGCCCGGGGACCUGCUCAAGGUGGAGCUCCCCAACCCGAUGAGGCUGAUCAACGGCCAGGUGCAGACGGAGACCGGGCAUGACGUGGAGAACGAGACCAACCUGAAGGCCUCGCGGUCGGUCUCGGUCCAGACCGACGAGCUGUCGCUCGGAUUCAGGCCGGACCUGUGGUACAAGCGCGGCUACGUGUGGCUCCACCAGCAGGAGAACAAGGCGCUCAAGGUGGCCCUGAUCGUCCUCACCGGUCUGGUGGUCGCCAUGUUCUGGUACCUUCGAUAUCAGGCCAGAGAGUUCCAGCAGCUCUCGCAAGGCGGUUCACGGGGCUCGAACGUGUCAACGACAUCCUCUCAGGGCGAGGUGACCGGGCAGCUUGUGGACCUCGGCGAUGGGGAGGUCCGCAUAGGAAAGAUCACCUUUCACACUGACCAGGUCCUCGGGAAGGGCUGCGAAGGGACCUUUGUUUACAGGGGCGUGUUCGACAAGCGAGCGGUGGCGGUGAAGCGUUUGCUGCCCGAGUGCUUCACCUUCGCCGACCGCGAGGUGGCGCUGCUGAGGGAGUCGGACGCGCACGCGCACGUGGUCCGCUACUACUGCACGGAGCGGGACAAGCAGUUCAGAUAUAUUGCCCUGGAAUUGUGUUCGGCGACACUUCAGGACUACGUGGAGAAGAAAUUGAACUUUGAGUGCAAAAUAGACGCUGUGGAGGUGCUGCGCCAGGCCACGUUAGGAUUGUCGCACCUACACUCAAUGGAUAUAGUGCACAGGGACGUGAAGCCGCACAACGUGCUGCUUUCGAUGCCCACCGGCGCCGGCGAGGUGAGGGCGAUGAUAUCCGACUUCGGCCUGUCGAAGAAGCUGAACAUCGGCCGCGUGAGCUUCUCGCGCCGGUCGGGGGUAACCGGCACCGACGGCUGGAUCGCGCCCGAGAUGAUAAACGGCGAGAGGACGACAACAUCCGUGGACAUAUUCUCGCUGGGCUGUGUGUUCUAUUACGUGCUCUCGUGUGGUCACCAUCCGUUCGGGGACGUAUUACGGAGGCAGGCGAAUAUACUCACCGGCGAUUACAAUCUAGAACAGCUCGAAAAAGUGUUACCGGAGGAGGAGUUGCUCGUCACGAAGAUCCUUAUACGCGCCAUGAUAUCAAACAGGCCGCAGCUUCGGCCACCGUGCGAGACAAUACUUAAAUAUCCAAUGUUUUGGGGCAAACAGUCCAUACUUAAUUUCCUUCAGGACGUGAGCGACCAAGUGGAGAGCUGCCCGUGCGGGGCGGAGCACCCGCUGGAGAGGGGCGCGCGGCGGGUGGUGCGCGACGACUGGCGCGCGCACGUGAGCGCGCCCGUCGCGGGCGACCUGCGCGCGCGGCGCACCUACCGCGGCGAGCGCGUCGCCCACCUGCUGCGCGCCAUACGCAACAAGAAACAUCAUUACAGGGAACUGGACCCUGAAGUUCGCGACAGUCUUGGCAAACUGCCAGACGGCUUCGUCACGUAUUGGCUGCGGCGCUUUCCUCUGCUCCUGCCACACGUCUGGCUCCAGAUGCAACAGUUCAGACAGGAGGACAUCCUGCAAGCGUACUACCCACACAGCUUCACCUUUAGUAGGGAAGAUGUCUUUGAGUUCAGCGAUGAGAAUGAUUAUAUAGAAGAAAUGCCUCCGGAAGUGUGUGACCCGGACAAAAAUGAACUGUUCAUUAAGAGUAGGAUGUAUUUCGAAGUGAGAAAAGAACCGGAGAGAUUUUUGAGUUACAGGAAAGAUGGUUCUCCCAGGAAGACAGCAGACUGGAGAACUGAGCAGGGGUCAGAGUUAAGGUUACGGCAAGAUGACGUAAGACUUAGGGACAGACAUUAUAAAAAGAGGGAGAAGAAGAAAGAAGAUGUUCCAAAAUGGUGUUUACCACCACAG